AUGCUCUUUACAGUCUUCUCGGCGGUUGUGCUAGCCAUUGCACGUCACGCAUGCGCUUAUCCCGUGGAGGGAGAUGAGCGCUCGGGUUUAGAUGUCACGUUAAGCCAAAUCAGUGACACCCGUAUCAAAGCAGUGGUCAAAAACACCGGUGCGGAGGAAGUGACUUUUGUCCAUUUGAACUUUUUCCAUGACAGUGCUCCGGUCAAGAAGGUGACAGUUUAUCAAGACGAGAAUGAGGUCAUGUUUGAAGGCAUCAAGCGUCGGUUCAAGCUUCAGGGGCUCACGUCUGAGGCUCUCACAACACUCGCCGCCGGAGAGGCUCUUGAGGAUGAAUUUGACAUUGCAGCCACCAAUACUCUGUCCCAUGGUGGCGCAGUGACUUUGCGAUCUAAUGGCCUGGUUCCCCUUGUUAACGGCGGUGCCGUUUCUGGGUAUUUGCCGUACCAUUCAAAUGACCUGAAGAUCGACGUUGAUGCAGACAAAGCGUCCCGGGUGGCCAAGGCCAUCAAGCCUCUUGGCCGUCGUACGCAAGAGAGCUGUAGUGACUCGAGCCGCAAGGCCGCUUUGAAAAAGGCUCUGAGCAACACGGUCUCUCUGGCUAAUGCUGCAGCAGAGGCGGCCCUAUCCGGCUCCGCUACCAAAUUUAAUGAAUAUUUCAGGACCACCAGCAGCUCAACUCGCCAGGAUGUAGCGGCUCGGCUGAAGGCCGUCGCAAAGGAAGCUCAGUCGACAAACUCUGGAUCGACGCAGUAUUUCUGCUCCGAUGAAUAUGGCUACUGCGAGACCAAUGUUUUGGCGUAUACGUUGCCCUCUUUGAAUGUGAUCGCCAACUGUGACCUUUAUUACUCCGAUCUGCCAGCCUUGACCAAUUCUUGUCACAGCCAAGAUCAGGCAACCACCACCUUGCAUGAAUUCACUCAUGCUCCUGGUGUCUAUAGUCCUGGGACCGACGACCUAGGUUAUGGAUAUGCGGCGGCGACCGCAUUGGGAAGCAGCGAGGCCGUGAACAACGCGGACACAUACGCUCUGUACGCUAACGCCAUCAACUUGAACUGCUAG